ACGGCGAUGUCUGUGCAGGUCGUGUCAGCCGCCGCCGCCGCCAAGGUGCCUGAGGUGGAGCUGAAGGACCUAAGCCCUCCGGAUCCCGAGCCGCAGCUCGGGAUGAGCGCGGCGGCCGUGGCCGCCAUGGCCCCUCCGGCGGGCGCCGCGGACCCCGAGACUCUGGUCCCGGCCCCGGCCCCUGCCCCGGUUCUGGCUCCGGCUCCAGCUCCGGCUCUGGCCCCGGCCGCGGAGCGACCCCCGGCCCCCGGCCCCGCCACUCUCAGCCCGGCCGCCGCCCCGCCCGCCGGGAAGGUGCCGCAGGCGUCGGCCAUGAAGCGGAGUGACCCGCAUCACCAGCACCAGCGGCAUCGCGACGGCGGCGAGGCCCUGGUCAGCCCCGACGGCACCGUCACCGAGGCGCCUCGCACCGUCAAGAAGCAGAUCCAGUUUGCUGACCAGAAGCAAGAAUUCAACAAACGUCCCACCAAGAUUGGACGCCGCUCCCUGUCUCGUUCCAUCUCUCAGUCAUCUACUGAUAGCUAUAGCUCAGCGGCUUCAUACACAGAUAGCUCUGAUGAUGAAACUUCCCCACGGGACAAACAACAGAAGAACUCCAAGGGUAGCAGCGACUUCUGUGUCAAGAACAUCAAACAGGCAGAGUUUGGCCGGCGAGAGAUUGAGAUUGCAGAGCAAGAGAUGCCAGCGUUGAUGGCUUUGAGAAAGAGAGCUCAGGGAGAAAAGCCUUUGGCGGGAGCCAAGAUUGUGGGCUGCACUCACAUCACUGCUCAGACGGCGGUGCUCAUGGAGACGCUGAGUGCUUUAGGGGCUCAGUGUCGAUGGGCUGCUUGCAAUAUCUACUCUACCCUCAAUGAAGUGGCUGCUGCUCUUGCAGAAAGCGGAUUUCCUGUCUUUGCGUGGAAAGGAGAAUCAGAAGAUGACUUCUGGUGGUGCAUUGACCGCUGUGUGAAUGUAGAGGGGUGGCAGCCCAACAUGAUCUUGGAUGAUGGAGGGGACCUAACCCAUUGGAUUUACAAGAAGUAUCCCAACAUGUUUAAGAAAAUCAAGGGUAUAGUAGAAGAGAGUGUUACAGGAGUUCACAGGCUGUACCAGUUAUCCAAGGCUGGGAAGCUGUGUGUGCCAGCCAUGAAUGUCAAUGACUCAGUUACCAAACAGAAGUUUGACAACCUCUACUGCUGCCGGGAGUCCAUUCUUGAUGGGCUUAAAAGGACAACAGACAUGAUGUUUGGUGGGAAGCAAGUGGUGGUCUGUGGCUAUGGAGAGGUGGGAAAAGGGUGCUGUGCUGCCCUGAAGGCCAUGGGUUCCAUAGUGUAUGUGACUGAGAUUGACCCCAUCUGUGCCCUGCAGGCCUGCAUGGAUGGAUUUCGGCUUGUGAAACUGAAUGAGGUCAUCCGGCAAGUGGACAUUGUCAUCACUUGUACUGGUAAUAAGAAUGUGGUGACAAGAGAGCACUUAGACCGAAUGAAGAACAGCUGCAUUGUUUGUAACAUGGGACAUUCCAAUACUGAGAUUGACGUGGCAAGUCUGCGUACACCAGAACUGACCUGGGAGCGGGUGAGAUCUCAAGUUGAUCAUGUAAUCUGGCCAGAUGGAAAGAGAAUAGUGUUAUUGGCAGAGGGCCGCCUACUGAACCUGAGCUGCUCAACAGUGCCUACAUUUGUGCUCUCCAUCACUGCCACUACUCAGGCUCUGGCUCUGAUAGAGCUGUACAAUGCCCCUGAAGGACGCUAUAAACAGGAUGUCUACCUGCUGCCCAAGAAAAUGGAUGAGUAUGUGGCAAGUCUUCAUCUGCCCACCUUUGAUGCCCACCUGACAGAGCUGACAGAUGAGCAGGCCAAGUACCUGGGCCUCAACAAGAACGGACCCUUCAAACCGAACUACUACAGAUAUUAAGUUCCUGUAACUGAAGGCAGAAGAUAUUUUAAGGAACAAGACCCCAAUUUUUCUCCUCUACUGUACAGGACAAAACCCAGCAAGCUGCUUCCCUGGUCAGAGCCACCCACCAUGCUCGCUCCAUAGACCAUGUGUUAGAUUAUUUAUUUAUUAAAAACUAGAAUCCUGUGCCCUCAGCCUCAGCCCAUGGUGUGGUUACUGCCCUGAGGGCUGUGAGAGCCACAGAGGAUGGGCUGGGAGGAAGGAAGAAAGGGAGCAGGGAACUCCCCCCUCCACCCCACCCUCUGCAUCUUCAGCAUCAUUCUCCGUUAGUUUUGAGGUUUUUGUGACAGCCAUGUGUCUGUUGUCUAGGGUACCUUUACCAUUCAGGGAUUCCAGAGUCUUUGUCACUUGGGGCUUUUUGGGGGGAGUUUGGUGACAGAUCUUCAGUAACUGAUCCUCUUAUCCUUCCCCAGGUGAGGCCUCUGGAAAGCCACUCAAUCAGCAUGGCCCCAGAGCCUCAGCCUUGGCCAGCACUAUCACUGCCUUCUUUGACAAAGCUAUUGAGGGGGAAGGGCGACAGCUUCAGUGAACCCCACAAAUAUUCAGCUGUACCUGCCUCUACUGGGGGUCCCCUUCCUUGUCCAAGACUCCUUCUUAUGUGUUUAUGGCCAUUUGGACAUUGAUUCUCAGAAGACUGUGCCUCCAUGAUUUUCUCAGCAGCUCUGGUAUUGCUUGGAUUUUUUUUUUUUAAACCAGCUUUCCAACUCAACCAAAGCUCUGUUCAGGAAGUAGGAACCAAAUCCACGAGGGUCUGUCACUCUGUUCUUAUGCCAUCUGGCUGGAUAGCAUCUCAGGAAGCCCCUCUAGGCAGAAUUGGAAUAAUCUUGGAGGAGAAUUUGUAAGGCUCUUUCUCCCCGUCUUCCUGUUGCUGCCCAGAAUUGCCUGAGAUUGAGCAAAGAAAGAAUAUGUCUUCCUCAGGCAGCUCAAGUAUGUUUGGAGUUCAGAAAUGGAACAGGCUCUCAGGCCUGCAGCUUAGCAAAUUUGGGACACCUUCUAAAGGGGCUAAGAAUUCCUGUCUUCUAGGGGAUUUCCAGUUUGAUUAACUGGCUGAGCUGUUUUAUAAGUAUCCCUGGGCUUAUAUGUCCAGGGAAUCACAGCUACUUUGAUUAGUUUUACUUCAUCAAAUAUUUAUCCCUAUGGCCAUUACCAUUGAUGGAGCCAAGAUCCAAUUUCUCUGUUGUUUGACUUGUGUCCUUUCUUCUCUGCUGAAAUAUCUCUGCUUGUCUUCUCCCUUCUCUUUUCCCAUCCCCAGUCCCCACUUAACAUCUAAAAAUCCUGUGUUGUCUAUCAUCUAGAGGUGGUUUCUGGGACAACCCUAGUGUCAAGUAGAAUUUAUUAGGAUAAGCAUCCUGGGACUCUGUAACUCAUUCCAUUGGCAGAUUCAGCUUUGGUUCUUCCCUGGAAGUGCCUAGUGCUGGCACUGGUCUGGACUGGGCUGAGUCUUUCAAAGAGACCAGGUAGCUUCUAAGGAUUAACGUUGGAUCUAGGGUAGCCCCAGCUAUCUUUGACUACUUGGGAACUUCAGUCCUACCUGAAAGCUACCAUAAACCAUUGGGUUUUAGAACAUCAUCUGGACUACUUCUGGUCCUUCCGAUCAGAUUUGAUCCAGGCCAGGUUUACCAGGGCUAUACUAACCGAAUUCUCUUGCUCUACUCCACCCCUUCAGGUCUUACCUAGUCUUCAUCUUUUACCCUCAGGGCCAGCCUGGAAGUGACCUUACUUUUGGGGAUAUGAAGAGGAAAGGCUUAGAUAAGUAACCGUUUGCCUCAGUAAAAUAUAUUUGCUAAGUUCUAAUCCACAGACCCUGGUCCUGAUAGAGUAUUAUCAGCAAUUGUUGGAGAAAUCCCACUUGUGUUUUGGUACUUGAGGGUGUUCCCUUUGAACCCUAUUACACUUCCCUCUAAUGAAGAUCAUAAAUAUCUAGACCAUUCCUUCUCUCCUGCUCCGGUAUGCCCCUCCUCUUCUUCUCAUUUCUGUGUUUCAUGGGUACUUAUUGGUCCCCUGGUCUCCCAGACAGAGUAGAUUCCAUCAGUCAGGUACCUCGGACUCUGAUGUUCCCUUGAAUCAGGAGCCCCAGCCUACUGUUCUCCAGGGCCUGGCUCUUUAGGAAGAUCUGUACCUGGAACUUAAAGAUCAUGGACUACUCAAUUUGUUAAAGAAGCCUAUUGUGUUAUACUGCUUUAGAUGAGUAAGGUAGUGCCCUGGGUUCCCUGGUUAAGUGGUCAAUGCAGUCACCCAGAGUAGUUUGAGUUUUAGAUAACCUGUCUUAACUUCUCCUGGAGCUCUGGCCCAUUAUCCACAGACGGGAGCCAGGAAUAGGUGCCCUUAGUUUUGAAUCUGGGAGUACCCUUUGAUGUCUACCUUUUGAGUUUGGGACCUGUCAGAUCAUUGCUUCAGGUGCGUAGCCUAAUCAUCUGGAAACAGGGGAAGAGCUACUUGUUUUGUGUCUGGCUCCAGCAUGUCGGAGGUGCUGUUCUCAUCAUUGAACUUACUGAUUCUUAGCCCUUAUUUUAACUUCUAUGUAGAUAUUUAUAUAUUUUUUUUAAAUAAGAAAAAUAAAACUGAAUGUCCCACCUCCCUCUCCCACUUCUGAGCACAGCUCUCCAUAGCCACACACUCCUAUAAAGCUUUUUCUGCUGCUGGCUUCUCCCUCAACAGAUCUAGAAUUGCUGCUAUGCUCCUAUGGUUGUCUCAGCAUUAACUCUGUUGUGAUUUUUAAAAAGAAAUCAAAAUGCGUUGUUGCAUAAAGCUUUUUAAUUAAAAAAAUUAGGAAAGGAAAAUAGGCAACACCAGCAAAUUAUACGUGAACAAGUCAUUCAGUUCUGAAUUCAAUAUAUAUAUACAUAUAUAUAUACUUAUAUAUCACAUAAAAUAAUCAUCUAAUUCUUAUUGUCAUUCUACUAAAAGGAAAUAAAAUCUCUGAGGAUCUAUCAUUCCAAAAGACUGUUGGAAAUCUUCAUGUCUGAGUGAUUGUAUUAGAUCAGCAAUAACUACUGUGUAAUCUCAAAACACAAAUAAAAUGUUCAUCAAUUGA